UGAAAUGUAAAUCUGUUUAAGUUUUUUCUUCUUAGAAACCGACAUUGAUUUUAUUUUAUAGAGAUAAUAUAUGUUCACUGAUGAUACAUUAUACAAAUAAUCGUUCGUGGCUUUUCUACAGUUAUGUUAUAAAAAUUAGAUAAGCUUUAAACAAUAUUUAUAGGAAAUAAAUAUUUAAAUGGAGUAGAUUUUUGUCUACUUCAAGUGAAAUGAUCAACCCUAUUGUACAUGUGAAGGAAGGUAAACUUAGGGGUUGUGUAAAGAAACUUCACAAUGGCCAGGAAUAUUUCAGUUUUAAGGGCAUUCCAUAUGCACAGCCGCCCGUGGGAGAUCUUAGGUUCAAGGCACCUAUUCCUCCAAAACCUUGGUCGGGAACCCGUGAUGCUUUGGAACACGGCCCUAAUUGUCCACAUUUUGAUAUCUUUUCCUUGAGCGGUGAAAAUAUUGAUGAAAAUUGUUUGUUUCUCAAUGUUUACACUCCGACAUUGCAAACUAACACAAAAUUACCAGUGAUGGUCUACAUCCAUGGCGGAGGUUAUUAUUCUGGUUCAGGAGAUUCGAACUUAUACGGACCUGAGUUUCUUUUGAGACAUAAUAUUGUUUUGGUAACUAUUAAUUAUCGUUUGGAAGUACUGGGUUUCCUUUGUCUUAAUACUCCUGAAGUCCCGGGUAAUGCAGGGAUGAAAGACCAAGUGGCCGCUCUGAAAUGGGUUCAAAAUAAUAUUAAACAAUUUGGUGGGGACCCUGGCAAUGUGACAAUUUUUGGAGAAAGUGCAGGUGGAGCUUCGGUGACUUAUCACAUGAUGUCACCAAUGACUAAAGGCUUGUUCCAUAAAGCAAUAGCACAGAGUGGCACAUGUUUGUGUGAUUAUGCUUUAGAUAAUGAUCCUGUAAACAGAGCCUUCAGAGUUGGAAAGUUCCUAGGGAAAGACACGGAAAAUCCCAAUGAGUUAUUGACUUAUUUACAAAGCCUACCCUCAAAAAAGUUAAUAUCACUGACAAUGAAAACUGCAACUAAGGAGGAGAAGUCAAGAGGUUUACCCAUAAAGUUUGCUCCAGUUGUUGAAAAAAGAUUUGGUGACAGUGAAGCCUUUUUACCAGAGAAUCCACUGGAUAUUCUUAUAGCUGGUAAAAUGCAUGCUGUACCCUUCAUGACCGGAUACAACUCAUCAGAAGGAUUCUUAAUAGUUCCCAAUGAGUUGCCAAAAUUAGCUUACAUCAAUAAGCACCCGUCCUGUUUAGUUCCAAAAGAUAUUUAUAAUAAAGUAUCAGAAGCUAAGGCUUUGGAAUUCGGUGAGAGGAUUAAACAGUUCUAUUGGGGUGACAGGGAUUUGACAAAAGAUGACAUCGAAAUCCUUACAGACGUACUGUCAGAUGUACACUUUGUGGUGGCAGCUUACAGAUACGCCAGUUGCUAUUCUAAAUAUAGCAGUCCCGUUUACAUGUAUAGAUUUAAUUUAGUAACAGAAUUGAAUUGGAUACAGCAGAUGCUCGGAAUGACCGAACACAAAGGUGCCUGCCAUUUUGAUGACGUGUUUUAUAUAUUUAGUAACGGAAUGAAUAGAGAGAAAUAUGAAAAUAGUCCCAUUCUACAAGAACAUAUCCACAGAAUUACCAAAAUGUGGACCGACUUCGCUAAAACAGGCAAUCCAACUCCCGACAACAGUUUAGGAGUGACUUGGUCUCCAUACACAGCAACAGGAAAGGAGUAUUUACAAAUUGGUAAUGAAUUGUCAAUGGGAAGGAACGCGGAGAAGACAAGAUUGGAUUUCUGGGAUCGGUUGUAUAUUGAAGCUGGGCUACCAAGUCUUGUUAAGAGUAACUUGUGAUAGUAAAAUAUAAGUAAUGAAAAUGUAGGUAGCUGACUUUUUAUUAUAUUUUUAACAUUUUGAUACGAUUUUUUGGGUUAAAAAGUAAUUUAUGUCUAAUAAAUAUAUUGUUGUUA